GUGUUAUUUCGCGCGAAAUUGAUAGUUCAUUUUGAAGCGCCAAAAUCAAGUCGAUAAACAAUACAAUGCCGGUCGAAGUGGAAAGGCAGAUAUCUGAAGUCGUAGAACCUUUGGCGAAGAAACCUUGCAUUGAAGACACGAUGGCCGGACCAGUGUUGAGAUUUGCAAAGCUGACAGCAAAGGCUUUCACACCAACACGGGGAUCAAAGCUCGCCGCGGGUUACGAUUUAUACAGUGCCUACGAUGCUGUGAUCCCUGCCCGUGGCAAGGCCGUGGUGAAAACUGACAUCCAGAUCUCACUCCCUGAUGGCUGCUAUGGAAGAGUUGCACCCAGGUCUGGUCUGGCAGCAAAAAACUUCAUUGAUGUUGGUGCUGGAGUUAUUGAUCAGGACUACCGGGGAAACGUUGGAGUGGUGAUGUUUAACUUCGGAGAUGCUGACUUUGAAGUGAAGGCAGGAGACCGUAUAGCCCAGCUGAUCUGUGAGCGGAUAUAUCUGCCAGACCUUAUAGAAGAAAAGUCGUUAGACGAUACAGACCGCGGUAGUGGUGGAUUUGGCUCAACUGGCACAAAAUAGCUGCAGAUGAUGGACUGUGAUCUUAAAACAAGGAAACUAGAUCUGAAAAAAACAGAUUUCAGGACUUAAAUUAAUACUUCUCCUUAAGGAUUCUCAGUUAGCAGCUAAUAUGUAUUCAUCAAAACUCUUUCAUGAGAAUGUUUCACAGUAGUUUUGUAUUUAAAUAUGAAAAUAUGGUAUUAUCUGCGUCAUGUAUCAUAUAUUUUUCAUAAUAAACUUUUAAGUUGUAUAAUGUCUUUUUACCAUAAAUAUUUUUCAGCUAAUGAUGUUUUAUGAACAAAUGUUAUAUAACAAAAAAAAAGAGGAAAAGAAAACUAGCAUUGCGAACACAUAUUCCAAUUGUCUCCAUUGCAUUUCAUCAUGUAUUCAAUUUUCAUCAUGCAAUUUGUGUACUAGUAGUAUUUCAAACAUCAUGGUUUGAUGCAAUUAAUGUUUAUUUCCUGCAAAAUUACUGUUUAUGAUACAAGUCCUAAAUCUAUAGUCAUACAUUUAUAUUGAAAUGUAUUUCUAAGAAUACCGAGUUGUUACUUGUUUGCUUUUCAACUGAUAAAUAAUGAUUUAAGUGCUUAUUUCUAUUUGAAUUCUGGAAUGUUGAGUAAAUGAAAUAUGGUCAGAUUUGACCAUAUGAUUUAAGCAUUUUUGUAAAAAUGAUUGCUUAAAUAUUUUGCUAGUUGUAGAAGUAUUUUUGCUGUAUAUAUUGUAUAGUUUGGUUCAAUGUCAUGUUCAAACUAUGAACAAAAAGUGUCACCAUUAUGUGUUCAGUGCAUCUUGCAUAAUUUAAUGGUUAUAUUUUGUUAUUUUGUAAUAUUACUGUUUGUAAAUAAUAAUGCAAUAUUGACAGUUCAAGAUAGAUGAGUUGUGCUUAUUUCAGAUUGUUUCCACAAUGUUCUUGAUUUUUACUAAAAGGAAUUUUGUAUUUAAAGCAAACCAUGCCUUUAAAUGAUUUUAUGAUCUCAAGGAGUGGGAUACAUUAAGCAAGGCACUUGUUUGUAUAUAUGUGCAUCCAGAAGCUGGUGUUUUGAACUCUAUAAUUACAGAGUGGAUCUUGCUAAAAUGUUAACGGUUGAAUGAUCUUUAAGAAAAGCUAUUUUAUAAAUGAAUAUAUCGAAAGACGGAAGAUUGAAAUCCAAAGAAAAUUUAUGUGAAAAAACAAUUAUUUUGUAACUUCAAAACUAUUCUAAUGUUGAUAGGCAAUUUCUGUAACUCUCUUAGGUAUUUCUGGCACCUAUUUUGGUGAUGAGGUAUUAUCUUCCAACAUGCGCAUGGCACAUGCUUGAACAUUUCUUAAAUCACACCCCUAUUACUUUGGUGUGAAGCAUUUUGACCACAGUUGUUUCGUGAACUCCCCCCCUCCCCCUCCCCCCUUUCAAGUAAUAUGGCUUGUGUUGGAAAGCUCACACUCAAUACUGGGGCUGUUUAAAUAAAAUUUCCUGAAACAACAGAGGGUACAAGGAUUCAAAGAAAGCACUGCUGAUAAAGAAGGGAAUUUCUGCUACUAUGAGCUAAGGCAGAAAUGUGUCUGUUUUUUCACUAAAAUAAUGGUCCCUAAAUUGUGUACUGUAAAUACUGGGCGUGUAUGUCUCAAACUUUCACAGUUGAAUAACGGUCGUGAUGAUAUGAUGGUAAAGACAGGAAUUCUGACUGCAACCAGUUUCUGCCGAUUUAUUAGCUUUUUUGUCAACUAUAGACUAUAUAGGGGAUUUGUAGGUGUCCAAUUAAGUGUGGUGGGGGGCAUCAGUGUCUGUGACACAUAUCUUGUUUUCUUCAUAAUUUGUGUUCAGAGAGAAACUUCCUUAGUGUGUUCUAAUAUAAAUGUACAAAUAUAUGUUUGGAUAAUUUCCCUUUUGUGUUUAUUCUUUGUUUUUAUCAUCUCACAUAUUGCCAAUUUAUGUAAUCAUGUCACCUGCUGUGUUCAGUAAACAUAGUUUAUCUUUGUUACAAGUAUGUAAUUUUUGAAAUUUCAUGUAAGGCAGUCAAAGAUCUGAAGAAAACACAUUGUGACCAUAAUUGCCAACAUUUCCAUGUAGUUGCAAAUUAAUUUCAUUGAAAGUUAAUAAAGAAAUAUUGCGCAAA